CAAAAUACCUCACUUUCGUCCAAUAGGGAAUCAGAGAAAAAAAAAAAUGCUGUAUUGUCUCUCUUGCAAUCUUUUCAGUGUCCUUCUGUCCUCUGUUUUAGGGUUUACGAUGAACUGGUAACAAUCUCUUUCAUUCACAUUUUCUUUAACAAUCUGAAUAUCCACUGGGUUCCCUGAAGAUCGUGGAGUCAGUGUGUAUUGUAGUUGUAGAUGGAUACUGAGGCAGGUCAACCAAAACAGGAGCGCUCAAGAACAAGGUGGACGGCCUCCCUUGAUAGGAUAUUUGCGGACUUGGUAGUGAAGCAAAUUCAAUUGGGAAACAGGCCCAACAAUGUUUUUGACAAGAAAACAUGGAAUAACAUACGGGAUGAAUUCAACAAGCAAACAGAUCUCAACUUCAAUAACAAUCAGUUGAGAAAGCACCUGGAUGUUCUGCGAACACGCUUCUAUAACAUCAAAUCAGCUUAUGAUCAAAAUGACUUUGCUGGCAUGGAGGACUCCUGUUGCAUCGGGUUUGACCUGUGGGAAGACAUUGGGGCACAGCCUAGGCCUGAGCCAGUCAAAAUCAAGGACUGUGCCAUCUAUGAGCAACUAUGCACAAUAUUCACUGAUUCAUCUGCUGAUGGAAAAUAUGCCCAAUCAAGCCACUUUGAGGGAUUGGACAAAGCUGUUGGAAAUGAUAACGGUUGUUUAACUUCAUGUCCAGAGGGAGGAUCCACCAAUCCUGAUAAUCCAUCAACCUCAAUAUUAGCCCAAAACAAUUCAUUGUCAGAAAAGUUGACUAAGAGUAUUUCAGAGAAAAAAAGAAAACGACCAUCCGAGACACAAUCUUCUUUGGAUCAAAGCAGAAAGAUUGAAGAAAUGUCGGAGGCUAUGGCAGGAGCCAUGUUAGAUAUGCUUGCUGCUUGGAGGUCGAGGAGGACAACUGCCUCAAAACGAAGCGAUGACAAAUUUAGCAUAACUAAUAGCAUUAAAGCAUUGGAUGAGAUAGAAGACAUGGAAGAGUGGCUCUAUUUUGCAGCUCUUGACCUAUUUGAAGAUCCCAACUUAAGAGAAACCUUUAUCUCUCUAAAAGAUGGCAAGAUUAGGUUGACAUGGUUGCAAGGGAAGUGUGGGAAACCUGCAACGACCUCUGUCUAAGUUAGAGGCCAAAUCAUUGGCUUUUUUGGAAGUGUAAAGAUCUUUACUGCAAUCAUUUUAUUUUGGGGGUCUAUUUUUUCUUCAUACGUUGGCUACAUAGUAUUGAUAGAUGAGAUGUUCUAGUUAUGGGGUUACCAAUGUGCAAAGGCUCUUGUAUUUAUUGCAAAUAGUGGAAUCGUGCUUUUACAUUGGCUGGGCUAACUGAAUGCGUUUAGUUCUUGCAUUUUCAAAGGAGACUGCUCUCUCUCUAACUUGCUGACUCUAAACACAAACUAGCCGUUAGUACAUUCAUGUUGUUACUGGUGUCGUUUGAAUAUUCUGGUGGCCCCCUGUUCCAAGAAAGGGAGAGAAGCGGCCGUCAACUCUAAUUGGUUGUGAGCUCACCAAAAGGCAUGCAUUUAUCAAUAAGCUUAUCAGAGUCAAGAAGCAGCUGAACGAUGGAUUCUCUUCUUUCCAUGAAAGCAACUAAAUAGAAAGGAAACGUCAUUUGGAUAAAAUAGAAGAAAAAGCUUCCGCGAGUUUAGAUGUCUUCUUAAUGAUAAAAAAGUAGUAAAACAAUUACUACAAACAUAGCCUAAGCCAGGGCUGCUGCUGCUUCCGCCUGUAUCUCAAUUGCUUCGACCUUAUUAAGAUCACUAACCAAACAUAAUUCUAAGAUUGUUAACACCCCCACCUAACAACGGAGAAAC